AAAAUCCUCAAAUUAUUAUCCAAUGGUCUCCCAUAACAACGCAGUCCCACAAAGCAAGUGGAAGAAGCAAUGGACUAACAGAGUCAAAUUGUUCUUCGAUGGUCCAGCUAAGGCUAAGAAGAGACAAGAAUUGAGAAUCAAGAAGGCUAAGAAUGUCUUCCCAAGACCAACCGAAUUGUUGAGACCUGUUGUCAGACUCUCCGGAAGAAGAUAUAACAGAAGAGUUGCUUUGGGUAGAGGUUUCUCUGUUGAAGAAUUGAAGCAAGCUGGUAUUCCACUCCAAUUCGCAAAGACUGUUGGUAUUGCUAUUGACACCAGAAGAAAGGAUUUGAGCGAAGAAAGACUCCAAGCUAACGUCCAAAGACUCCAAGAAUACAAGCAAAGAGUUGUUUUGUUCCCAAGAAAGAAGGGUACCGUUAAGAAGGGUCCAAUUGCUGAUGCUCAAGUUGCUAAGGCUGAAUCUCAAGUCAGAGGUACCGUCCUCCCAGUCAAGAGAGAAGUCGCUGUUGUUGAAACCAGAGAUAUUUCUGCUCAAGAAAAGGAAUCAUCAGCUGUUAAGUCUAUUGUCAAGGCCAGAAAGUCCAUCAAGCAAUUCUCUUAUCUCCAAAAGAAGAAGAAUAAGGCUGUUGUUGCUACCCCAGCUGGUGCCGUUGUUGCUGACGAAUAAAUUUAUAAAUAAAACACAAACAAAAAUUUCAAAAA